CCCUGACUCUCUGGCUCUGGUCGCCAUGGUGACAACAAUGCCAGACGCCUGAAGACACAGGAAGAGAGUGUCCAACACUGAGCCCAGCAUGAACAUUGUCCUGUCCAGAGAUGCCCAGGUCAAGCUCAUGGAGAACACCGUCUCCAACGCCGAGAAGUACUUUGGGCAGUUCUGCUCCGUCCUGGCGUCCUACACCCGGAAGACGGCCAAGCUGCGGGACAAGGCGGACCAGCUGGUCAAACAGCUGAUGGAUUUCGCCAACACAGAGAACCCCGAGCUGCGGACGGCACUGAAGAACAUGGCGGAGGAGAUGGCUAAGAUUCAGGAUUACCGCCACGCGCAGGUGGAACGCCUUGAAACCAAAGUGGUAAACCCAAUGAAAAUGUACGGUGUUUCGAUCAAGGACAAGCGAGCGGAAAUCAAGAAAUUCAAUGCAGUGAGGAACAAGGAAAUAAAAGAGUUACAGAAGCUGGAGAAGCUUCGUCACCGAUCGCCAUCCGACCGACAAAUGAUUUCUCAGUCCUCCAGUGAAGCUCAAAACAAGGCCGAAUCCAACGUCCAGAGAGCGUCAGUGGAUGCAGCCCGGACCACACAACAGCUAGAGGAGGCCAUUGACACCUUCCAGGAGCAGAAAAUUAAAGACAUUCAGAAAAUCUUCUCGGACUUCCUGACAGUUGAGAUGAUAUUUCACGCUCGGGCUCUUGAAGUAUACACCAGCGCCUUCCACAGCCUGCAGGACUGCGACCUGGAGAAAGACAUGGAGGAUUUCCGUGCCAAGAUCCAUAUUAACACCGGAACGCAAGACGCGCGACCGGUCAAUGCAACAAACCCUUCCUCCAAUGUCACUUGGAGUACGAGCUCUCUGAGCCUGCCCAGCAUCCUUCAGAGACAGACACAAGUAGAAGAAGAGGAUAGUGAUGAGGAUACGGAGGAUGAAGAGGAUGAGGAACCCACAAGAGUACAUUAUUCAAGAGUGAGAAAAUGAACCAAAUUUGAGGACUGUUAACCCCAUGACCCAGUCCUGAUACUCCUGUCCCUAGCAUUAUUCCUGACCACAGCGAUCCUUUUCCUCCUGACCCCUACACCAUACCCUACCACAGUGAUCCCGCCCUGAUCCUCCUGUCUCUAGCACCAUAACGGACCAUAGUGAUCCCAGUCCUGAUCCUUCUAUCCUCAGAACUGUACCAGACUACAAUGAUCCUGGUCCUGAUCCUCCUGUCCCCAUAACCAUACCAGACCACAGUGAUCCCCAACACCAUACCAGACCAUGGAGAUCCCGGUCCUCAUCCGUCUGUUCCUCAGACCAUACCAGACCACAAUGAUCCUGCUCCUCUUGUCCCCAACACCAUUCCUGACCACAGAGAUCCUGGUCCUGAUCCUCCUGUCUCUAGCACCAUACCUGACCAGUGAUCCCAGUCCUAAUUCUCCUGUCCCCAACACCAUACCAGAUCACAGUGAUCCCGGUCCUGAUCCCCCUGUCUCUAGCACCAUAUUUGAUCACCAUGAACUUGUUCCUCCUGUCCAUAGCACUAUACCUGACCACAGUGAUCUCCAACACCAUACCAGACUAUGGAGAUCCCAGUCCUGAUCCUUCUGUCCCCUAGGCCAUACCAAACCACAGUGAUCCCUGUCCCGAUCCUCCUGUUAUCAACACCAUACCUGACCACAGCGAUCCUGAUCCACCUGUCACCAACACCGUACCUGACCACAGUGAUCCCGAUCCACCUACCGCCAACACCAUACUGAAGGGGAGCCAAUCAGUGGGCUCGGCACUCCCGAUGUCCGCCGGCACCCGGCGAUCAUUUGUUACACAGGCAGAAUGGCAGUCUGACUAUGUAAACAAGGCAGAUUGCAGUUGUGUCACUAUGGAAGGCAUGGAUCCUGUGUUUCUGCAAAGCAGGGACACAGAUCUUUGCCUUCCACUAGUACAAGAACCUCCCCCACAGCAGUAAAGCACUGGCUAGGCACACAGUUAACCCUUUUGAUCGGCUCUGAUGUUAACCCCCUUCCCAGCCAGUGUCAUUAGUACA